AUGAAGCUCUACUACGUCGGCGUCCUCGACAACUCCAAGAAGCCCGCAGUACAGCUAUGCGCGGCGCACGAGCUCAGCGAAUUCUCCCGAUUUACCAGAAAUGACUAUGGCAACUUCAUGACCAUGAUCAGCAAGACGGUGGCCGAGCGGACGGGGGCCGGUCAGAGGCAGAGUGUUACAGAGGGAGAUUACGUCGUUCACUGUUAUGCCCGCUCCGAGGGCGUCGCCGGUGUCGUCAUCACCAAGGACUACCCCAACCUCGCAGCGCACAGCGUGCUCUCCAAGCUCAUGGACCAGUUCCUGUCCGAAGUCCCGCUCGCCAGCAUCCGGGCCGCCGCCAAGGACGGCGACGUAUCGUUCCCGGCCCUGAACGACUACUUGAACAACUACCAAGACGCGAACCAAGCGAGUAGCAUCGCCAAGAUCCAGCAGGAGCUGGACGAGACUAAGAUCGUCCUCCACAAGGCCAUUGAUAGCGUCCUGCAACGCGGCGAGAAACUCGACGACCUCGUGGCCAAGAGCUCUGACUUGAGCGCACAAAGCAAGAUGUUUUACAAGUCAGCCAAGAAGCAGAACUCGUGCUGCAUCGUGAUGUAA